UUUCAAGGUUAAGAGUCGUCCUUGAACGAAAGCUUGACCUCAAAUUCUCAAGGUCGAUGUUCGAAUGCCAGCUUCCUCGGAGGGGUCGUGCACUCGCUGCUGCACUAGCUUUGUUCAGUGGCUUCCUGUUUUGUUUCUCGGGCUAGUCAUUGCUUGGUCAUAUUACUCUUACCUAUAUUCAUUAUGCUUAGUUUUGGUCACGUCGCUGGCUUUACGGAUUGUUUUCCUGGUGUUCUAUCAUAUUAUUAUUGCCAUAUUUCUAUGGUGCUAUGCGAAGGCUAUACUUGAGCCACCUGUAUCCCCUCCUGCAGAGUUUUUUCUCAGAACCGAAGAUUGGGACUCGUUGCGUGGUGUUAUUGGCACUGAUGUGGAUAAAAAGGCCUUUUUGGAAAAUGUGAUUGAAACGCGCAAUUUACCAGUUCGGAUGGUUGGACGAGAUGGCUCCAUCAAUUUGUGCCUCAAGUGCGGUCUGAUCAAGCCAGACAGAGCCCAUCACUGUUCAACUUGUGGAAAAUGCGUGCUGCAGUUGGAUCAUCAUUGUCCGUGGACGAACAACUGUGUUGGCUUCCACAACCACAAAUAUUUCAUCAUCUUUCUCGGUUGGGGCAGUAUCUAUUGUAUCUACAUUGCUGUUACUUCGGCACCAUACUUCGCUGAAUUUUGGACUGCUACUAUUUUAUCUGUCGAUCGCUUUAUGGUGAUGUUCUUGUUCAUCGUUGCUGUGAUGUUCGGACUUUGCCAACUUGCUCUUGGUGGCUAUCACUGCUAUCUGGUUGGCCGGAAUCAAACCACUUUAGAGACCUAUUCUGUGCCCCGGUUUCGUGAUGGAUCUCAAGAUCCCAGAGCUUUCGACUUGGGUAGAAAGUCAAACUUUCAAGAGGUAUUUGGUACCAACGUGUGCCUAGCCAUCCUACCCAUUAAAACAACUCUCGGUGAUGGAAUACAUUGGCGCUAUCGUUCCCCAAAGAGUGAUAUUUCAUUACUGGAAAAUGGCAGGAGUUCCGCAUCGCCCCUCGCCUCUGGUUUCUAACUUCGCCUUACGGUGUUGAAACUGUUCUUUGGGACAUGAAACACUGCUCCUUCUUUUAACUUGGUGUAUACCCCGGAGCAUUUACUGCAGUCUGGCUACAAACCCAAAGGUCCGAAUCCAAUGUAGCCAGCCGUGUAUCUGCUCCUGGCUUCACAGUAUCGCUGUGCUCGCAAGACACAUCCACAUGACCUCAUCUAACUGUUAACACGAUCUUUGACUUCAAAUUUAUUCUGGGAUUACGCUAAUACCUUCAGUUUUGCUAGGGUGUUGAACUAUUUUUCCUAGAAUGGGUUUCGCUCUGCCUCAUUUUUCUGUCCAUCUGGCUACACUGAAGUUUGACUUCCUCAUACCAAAUUACACUCGCGAUCGAAGUGUAUUGUUCUCUGAAUUUCCUCAUUUGUUCAGAUGUGAGCUUUAAUUGAUUUUCAAUCGUUGUGUGUGAAAGGGGGGUUUCCGUGUUUAUCCGCCUGACUGUUGAGGCCAUGCUAGAUUUAUGUCUCAAUCCACUGCGCAAUCGAUUGAUUUAGCGAUGAGGGCAUGUCCGCUUGACUUAUCUGUGUCUUUUAGAGGUCAACAGCCUUUCCAUAUUCAAAUAAGAACGGCAAAAGAUGCGGGUUCCGCGGUU